UUAUUCUCUCCCUCUCUCUCUCUCUAUCUCUGCCCCCCUCUAUAAGGUGGACGAUGAUUAUGCUGGCUAGGCUCGUGGUGGGACUCCUGGUCCUCAAGGUGGCCGCAGCCUCUCCCGCCAGACACCCCCGGCAAGUGGAACUGGACACGUACGACGAAAACAACUAUGAUGUGGAUGGAGACAACGUCAAUCUGGAGAACCAGGACGUGUAUGACUACUAUGACGGAGUUACCAUCGACGAACCUCAGAUAGAGAUUGGUACACUGGCCCCGCCCGAGGAGAACGGAGCCUCGCUGGAGGAAGGAGAGGAGGGAGAGGAGGAAGAGGAGGAGAUGCCCAUCCAGCCCAAGCUCAUCUCAGGGGGAGGCUCUGGGGGGUCUGGGGUCCUCAUGGGCCCCGACACGCAGGGAGAGGAGGAGCUGCGCCUGACGCCCAUUGACAUUCUUCACAUCUCUGGGGACUCGGGAGAGUCGGGAGAUGCCUCGGGGGCGUCUGGGGCGUCUGGGGAUGCUGGGGGCUCUGGGGCUUCUGGAGAUUUUGGUUCCGGCGCGUCCGGAGCUUCGGGUGACUUCGGCUCUGGGGGUUCCGGGGCUUCCGGCCAGGUGGAGUUCUCCGGAAUCUCCGAGGUGGAGUUCUCCGGAAUCUCCGGCGACUUUGGCUCGGGGCUGUCCGAGGCUUCCGGCGAGGUGGAGUUCUCCGGAAUCUCCGGCGACUUCGCUGCGGAAGCUUCCGGAGCCUCCGGAGACCUUGGCGCCGAAGCUUCGGGAACUUCCGGCGACCUGGGCCCCGCAGGUUCUGGAGUCUCUGGUGACCUCGGUUCUGGAGCCUCCGGGGGUUCUGGUGUUUCAGGUUCAGGGAUAGUGUUGGUCCCUGAUGGAGAGGAGGAGCUCCCCCUGGUGCCGGACAUCCCCGAGGAAGCCUCUGGGGCUUCCGCGGAGGAGUCGGGGGAGUCUGGGGAGGAGGAGGAGGUUAUAGUAGUCCCUGAAAUAGAGGAAGAGGAAGAGCUGCUCCCGACAGUCCCUACCAUCCCGCAGGAGGGCACAGGGGGUACUGUUGGAUCAGGAGAGUCAGGACUCCCUGACAUUGACAUUGACAUUGACAUUGACAGCACGCAAGGUAUGCCCACCUGUUUGUUGUGUACCUGCCUGGGCGGGUCUGUCUACUGUGAUGACGUGAGGCUGCAGAGUGUGCCCCCUCUGCCCAAAGAUACCACUCACUUCUAUGCCCGCUACAACAAGAUCACCAAGAUCAACAAGUCCGACUUUGCUCACAUGAACAAGCUGAAGAGAAUCGAUCUGACAAGUAACGAGAUCGGCCGGGUUGAUGACAAUGCCUUCUACGGCCUGCCCGCUCUGGAGGAGGUGGUGCUGAGAGAGAACAAGCUUGUCCAUCUGCCAGCCCUGCCAGCUUCUAUGACCCUCAUUGAUGCCAGUCACAACAAACUGGGCAGCACGGGCAUUCAGAAAGAAGCUUUCAAGGAUAUGACAGGCCUGCUGUACCUGUACUUGACGGAUAACAACAUUGACUAUGUACCUGUACCGCUGCCGGACAGUCUGCGCUCAUUGCACCUACAGAACAACAACGUCCAAAUGCUGCAUGAAGACACAUUCUGCAACAUCAAAGACUUACACUACAUCCGGUACGCUCUGGAAGACGUGCGCCUGGAUGGAAACCCCAUCAACCUCAGCAGGACCCCGCAUGCCUAUGUGUGUCUGCCUCGCAUUCCUAUUGGUGCUCUUAUUUAAAUGAACACACACACACACAAACACAUGCACGCACACACACACACACAAACUUGCACAUGCAUUAAGAUCUCUGUGUGCUCACCCAACUUUAUUUCCUCACUAAAGGCUCAUGCAAACUUAAAAAUGAAUAGAAGCCUUUUACUGAAAUCUUGUGCAAACAUACACACACACACACACACACACACACUUGCACACAGUAAGACACUUGAACACACAAAAUACUCGGUAGACUACAUUUGAAUUGGUAAUGAUGCAAACUUUUCCUAUAACUACCUGUUUCCAUAUGGAUAUCCUACCUGAAGACAUUAACGCAACACACACACACACACACACACGCACACAGACACACACACAC